AACUUACGCAAUUUUUCGAAUAUCGUACCCAAUUCAUUGAACCUAUUUUCGAGGAAUUCUAUCACAUGCAACUGAAAAUCUAUGGUCUUUUGCUGGAUCGGAUGGACCGUUUAGUGGAUACCGGAUACUUUGAUGUGAACUCUGAUUUCAUGAACGGGUUUGAUGAGAGACGUGGGGAUAUUCAGGAAAAGGUGAAAGUAUUGACGCUGCUUGGACGACGAGCAAAAUAUGAGGAACGACGUAAUGUGGUAAUAGUGACAGUCAGCACAGAAUUAGUAGACGAGAUAGAAGAAUACAACCACGAAGACGACGUGCCAUCGCCGUACACAGCUUCGCCUACUAAUUAUCCAUCAAGAGGCAUAAAUAACAACAAUGAAAAGUAG